AUGACUCCGGGAAAGCUCACCCCCGAACCAUGGAAACUGCACGUCGACGGCUCGUCAAACUCCACUCACGGAGGCGCCAGAAUCAUACUCGAAAACCAAAACGGGAUCACAAUUGAACAGUCAGUACGAUACGAAUUUCCAGUAUCAAAUAACCAAGCAGAAUACGAGGCCCUCUUAGCAGGCCUGACCCUAGCCCGGGAAGUCGGUGCAAAGGCCCUAGAGGUAAAUACCGAUUCCCAGGUAGUCAGUUCCCAAAUCAACGGAAGUUACCAGGCACGAUAUCCCCUGCUCCAACAAUACCUCACCAAGGUAAACAAACUGAAAGAAAGGUUCGAAAUCAUUACCAUACAACAUGUUCCCAGGGAACGAAACGCCAGGGCAGACCUACUUUCCAAGCUAGCCAGUACCAAACCGGGACACGGUAACAAAUCGCUAAUUCAGGAGGUCGUUAGGUCACCUUCUGUGUCAACAACAAUCAACGCUCAUCUGACGUCCUCAAACCGGGAGUCCUGGACGUACCCUAUCCUACAGUACCUCCUCGAUGGAACUUUGCCACCAGACAAGAAAGAGGGAAAGCGAAUAAAAAGGGAAGCCGCCAACUAUACCAUAGUAGCAGGACAACUAUACAAACGUGGAUUCUCGCAACCCCUACUCAAAUGUGUCGAACCCGGGGACACGGAGUACAUACUCCGCGAAAUCCACGAGGGCUGCUGCGGUCACCACGUCGGAGGCAAAACAUUAGCCCAAAAAAUCAUUAGGGCUGGCUACUUCUGGCCCACAAUCAUUCGAGACUCCAUACAAUUAGUAAAAAGCUGUGACAAAUGCCAAAGACACGCCAAUAUCCACCAAGCCGCCCCACACCAACUCAGCACCAUAUCGGCAGAACGGCCGUUCGGCACUUGGGGGAUCGACCUCAUCGGGCCCUUCCCUACAGCAUCCGUCCAACUCAGAUAUCUCAUUGUCGCCAUAGAUUACUACACCAAAUGGAUUGAGGCCGAACCUCUGGCCUCCAUAACGGCGACCCAGUGCCAGAAAUUCGUGGAAUCCGCAAACAAAAUAAUCAUUAAAGGACUCAAGAAACGGCUCGACGAAGCCAAAGGACUGUGGGCAGACGAAUUAGGAUCGGUUCUAUGGUCAUACAGAACAACACCCCAAACGACCACGGGGGAAACGCCUUUUCGAUUAACAUACGGCGUAGAAGCAGUCAUCCCAGUAGAAAUCAGAGACCCCAGCCCUAGGAAAACGGUCGGAGGUAACGACGAAGAAGCAGAACGAGACCUCAUUGACGAAGAAAGAAGCAUAGCUCACAUCAAAGAGCUAGCACUCAAACAAAGAAUCAGCCUAAGAUAUAAUCACGGCGUCGUCCGACGAGAAUUCGCGGCCGACGACCUCGUCCUACGACGAAACGAUAUCGGUCCCCCGAUCCCAGGAGAAGGGAAGCUCACCCCCAACUGGGAAGGACCAUACAGAAUCAAGGCUGUAAUCGGAAAAGGAGCGUAUAAACUCGAACGGCUCAACGACGACGAAGUCCCGAGGACCUGGAACGCCGCCAACUUGCGACGUUAUUACGCCUAG